AUGCCGAAGAAGGCACGCAAACGGGUUCCACUGACGGAAGAAGAGCGAUUGCUCAUGAUGCAGCAGAAGCAGCUGGCUGAAGAGGAGCUCAAUAAGAAAAAGGAGGACAUGCUGGCCCAGUUCCUAAAGGACAAGCUGGCUAAGGAGGAGCAUAACAGCAUUCUGAACAUGAACAAGAUCACCCUACAGUGGCGCACGGUGCUCCGUGAAGUCAAGGCCAGGGAGCUUCGCAAGGACAUUGAGAUACUGAGCCAGACCUUUGAGCGAGUAGUGGACUGCAAGGACAGUGUCAUUAAGUCCCUUGCCAAGGACCUUGCCGAAGCAGAAGCGCAAUAUGCACAUGCCUUGCGCAGCCACUUGCACAGCAUAGAUCAAUUGUUGCAGCUCCAGCACUGCCGCCUGGGCUAUCUAGAGGAAGAUUACCACACUGAGCUAGAGGCACUGCAGAAGGAGUUUGACACAGAGAGGAGGAAGAUUAUAGAAUAUCAUGAACAGGAGAUCCGUUACCUCCAGGAUGUGCUGCUGGCUAUGGAACAAAACUUUGGGGAGAGUGAAUAUGAAGCCAAGCUGGACUUUCAGAGCACAAGGGAUGAUGUCAAGAACAAGAACUUGGAAGAAAAGCAUUAUCUGCGCAUGCAGUUAGAGGGUAAAGUGGAAGAGUUGUGGAAACGCUUCCAACAGGCCUUGCGUAACUACACUGAGGCAACAGAGGACCGUAAGAUCGCUUUUGAAGCCCUCAAAUUAAAGGAUGAGAAGAGCACAAAGGAGAUAGAGAUGCAGAUGAAGAAAUUACAGAAGAUACAGGACCUCAUUCUCUCACUGAAGAACAAGAUUGCAGCUCAUGCACGGGAAUGCGAGGAGCAAAAUCGGCGGAUCCGUGAUGAGAAGGAGGUGGUGCUGAAGCAUCUGCAGAAGCUCAAGAGUGAGAUGAACCGGGCAAGAGCCAAGGCCCGCAGCAAUCUGGCAAAGCUCACCAUGGAGAGUUGUGCUACUCUCAAAUCACUGCAGCGUGUGGUGGAGAAGGCUGAGCUAAUCCUACGCCUGGCUGAGAUGUGCCGCAAACUGGAGUCGGAAGAGGAGAAGGUGCUGCCAUUUUAUGCCUGCUCCUUGGGCUGGGAGGAACAGAAGACUGUAGACAUGGUGGCCCUGGAGAAACCAGUCGAGCCACUAGCUCAGAUGAUGGAUGAUUACGUGGGACUGGAACGCUUCUGGCAAAGGUACAAUAAGGUGAGGCUGGAGCAGCUCUCGCUGGAGCGGACAAAAGCUGCACUGGCUCAAGACAACCAAAAGCUGCGACACUUGCUCAAGCAAUACCUGGACGGCAUCUCCGUGAAUGAUGAGGUUCUGAGCCAGAUCAACCCACUAAUGAUCAUCAACCAGCAUACCGUUGUCCCUGCUCUGCCUCACACCGUGCCUGUCAGUGAAGCCCGGGUCAAGCGACCCAUCUAUAACAUAGUGGAGGCAGCACAUGAAGUGAAGCGUAUCCUCUGA